AGCUGCAGCGGCGGCAGAGAGCGGUGCGGAUCCCGGUGUGUGCCGAUCUCCGGAGGGGGGUGGGAUAAUCCAGUUGGAACCUCACCGGAGUGGAUUUCCUCCCUUGCACACACGCACAGCAAACGCUUUUCUUACGUUCCCAGCGGGGAUUUUAAUUUAUCCACAACAGGUGACCUGUAACUGGUGGGAGAAAGAGAGAGAGAGAGAGAGAGAGAGAGAGGAGAGCAAAUGGAAAGGGAGCAGAGAGAAAGAGGAUGAGAGAGAGGGAGCAGGGCCUGUGAGAUUCCUCACGCACAAAGGGAGUUCCUUGCUCUGCUGGCUUUUGAUUUGAAAAGAAUAAAGGGGACUUUGCCUAAAGAAGGCCAAAAGGAUUUUGACAUCACUUUAGUGUUUUGCCUUGUAGUAGGAAUUCUCCCUUGGUCUCUGAAAGAGAAGUCAUGCCAGUGCUUUGAACACAAACAUUUCUCCUUUUUUUCAUCCCUCUCUCCUUCCACUUGCCCUCACCUAAGAAACACCCCACUGCCAUGGAGAAAACGUACUCUCUAACUGCCCAUUACGAUGAGUUCCAGGAAGUGAAAUACGGCGGUCGUUACAGCAGCGAUAUUCUCAGCAAUGGCAUGACUCUUCACCUGGGAGGCAGUCUGGACCGCCACGUCGGGCGGAGCCGUGGGGGGACAUGGUCAAAUGGUCGAAGCAAAGACGUGAGCAGCAACAGCAGCAGCAGCGGUCUCCCUCGAUGGAGCCGGAGGGAGGUCUGCCUCUUCUCUGCGCUGGUGUUUGCAGCAGGCAUGUGCAUCAUCCUGGGCAGCAUGCUGGCGCUCAAGUACAUUUCACUGGACGCCCAGCAGGACCCGCAGUGCCGCCAGGACUGCCAACGCAAACGCUCCCUGCUGCGAGCGGCUCGCUUUGUUCAGGCCAACAUUGACCCGACCAUACAGCCCUGCCAGGACUUCUAUUCCUUCGCUUGCGGCGGUUGGCUGGGCCGUCAUGGCAUCCCCGAGGACAAGCUCAGCUACGGCAUCAUCACCGCCAUAGGAGAACACAACGAGGAGAAACUGCAGCGACUCCUACUGGAACCAAUUCGGAGGCGCGAGCCCAACUCGGCAGAGCGCAAGGUCAAGGAGUUCUAUCGGUCCUGUGUCAACAUCCAGGAAAUCGACAGGCUCGGGUCUGACCCUAUGACAGAGGUGUUGGAUAGCUGUGGGGGGUGGGACCUGGCGGGGGCGCCCCCUGGUGCCGCUGGGUGGGAGAGGGAGGGCGCCCCACAGAGGCUGGACUUCAACGAGCUGCUCUACAGGACGCAGGGGGUGUACAGCACUGCCGUCUUCUUCUCCCUUACGGUCAACGUGGAUGAUAAAAACUCGUCGAGGAACGCUAUCAGGAUUGACCAAGAGGGGCUCACGCUGCCUGAAAGGAGUCUUUACCUGGGACAAGAUGAGGACAGUGUUAAGAUCCUCGCGGCGUACAAGGCCCUUAUGGAGCGCUUGCUGAGCAUGCUGGGAGCUCACAACGCCACGCAGAAGUCCAGGGAGAUUAUACAGCUGGAGACCCAACUGGCCAAUAUCACUGUGUCAGAAUAUGAUGACCAAAGAAAGGACAUCAGCACCAUGUAUAACCGCAUCACCCUCAGGCAGCUACAGCAUAUUGCUCCCAGUCUUCAUUGGAAACGCUUGCUGGACAGAAUCUUCCACGACAACUUCUCAGAAGAUGAAGAGAUCGUGGUGCUCGCCACUGACUACAUCGAGAAAGUCUCUGACAUAAUCAAGACGACUUCGAAGAAGGUUCUCCAUAACUACAUGCUGUGGCGCAUCGUGGCAGCGCUGAGCGGGCACCUGUCCACCGCCUUCCGCAGCACCAUCCACGAGUUUUCGCGAGAGAUUGAUGGCACCGAGCAGCAGCUGGAGCUGGGCAGGCUGUGCCUCACGCAGGCCAACAAACACUUUGGCAUGGCCCUGGGAGCCCUGUUCGUCCAGCAACACUUCUCCUCGCAGAGCAAGGCCAAGGUGCAGCAGCUGGUGGAGGACAUUAAGCAUUCCCUGGACCUCCGCCUGCAGGAGCUGGACUGGAUGGAUGAAGCCACCAAAGACGCCGCCAGAGCAAAGCUGAAGGACAUGAUGGUGAUGACAGGAUACCCAGAUUUCCUGCUCAAACCUGAGCUCAUUGAUAAAGAAUAUGGGUUUGACGUGAACGGGAAGACCUACUUCAAGAACAUCCUCAACAGCAUAAAGUUCAACAUCAAGCUGUCGGUCAAGAAGAUCCAUGAGGAAGUGGACAAGACGGCGUGGCUACUCCCCCCUCAGGCCCUUAAUGCCUACUACCUCCCUAACCAGAACCAAAUGGUGUUUCCUGCUGGUAUCCUUCAGCCAACUCUCUACAACCCUGAGUUCCCACAGUCUCUGAACUACGGAGGAAUAGGCACCAUCAUUGGUCAUGAACUAACACAUGGAUAUGAUGACUGGGUGAUGCAAUGGUUCAUGUCCCUAGGGGGCCAGUACGACCGCCAUGGCAACCUGAAACAGUGGUGGACCGAGGAGUCCUACAGGAAGUUCCAGAAGAAGGCUGAGUGUAUUGUCAAGCUCUAUGAUAACUUCACGGACUAUAACCAGAGGGUGAACGGGCGCCUGACUCUCGGGGAGAACAUAGCAGACAUGGGAGGACUCAAGCUGUCAUACUAUGCAUAUCAGAAGUGGGUGAGGGAGCACGGUCCAGAGUGUCCUCUGCCUGGCCUCAAAUACACUCACGAACAGCUGCUCUUCAUUGCCUUUGCACAGAACUGGUGUAUGAAGAGACGAUCGCAGUCCAUCUACUUGCAGCUGCUUACUGACAAACAUGCGCCAGAGCACUACAGAGUGAUCGGCAGCGUUUCCCAGUUUGACGAGUUUGCCCGUGUUUUCCACUGUCCGAAGGGAUCCCCGAUGAACCCCUCGGACAAAUGCUCCGUUUGGUGACCUGUCCGUCCGGCCUGUUGACCUCAUCUUUAAAAAGCCCCACCUUCACACACCAACAUCACACAUCUACCAAAGCCAACGGGACGUAAACCCCACUCAUGCCUAUAAAGGACACAGGAAGGAGAUAUAUAUAUAUUUUCCACAUUAUCGUUAUAUGUCUUAAGUCUUUUAUAUUGAUUGUCCAUGAAUAACCCUGGCUAACCCUGUACUAAUCAAAGCAUGGAUAACAUGAGUAUUGAUUGUGUACAUCUGUAUCAUUUGAUUAUAUAUAUUUUUCUAUGUUCAAA